AUGACUAUCUUCAGGAAGAUGCUCUCUGGUUCCAUGCACCUUAAGUCAGAUGACUGGGCUAGAAGUAACUCAGAGGGUGGCGCUAAUGCGCUCACCACCUCAUAUGCCGAGGCCAUAGUUCAGUACCCUGAAAACGGAGGCAACCUGCACUGCUUCACGAUGCUUAGCACUUGCGCUAUUCUCGACGUGAUGGGAUCGGACCCCCUUACAACAGCGUUGCUGGCAGGAACUGCGUGUACUACAGCGAGUCUCGGUUCUGAAACACAGCUAUUUGGUAUCUUCUGUUUACCCAAGGAUGUUGUCAUUCCUCUGCACAACAAACCCGAGAUGAUUGUCUUCAGCAAGAUGCUCUUCGCUGCCAUGCACCUUAAGUCGUAUGACUGGGCUAGAAGUAACUCAGAGGGUGGAAAUAACGCGCUCACCACAUCAGGUGGGGCUCGUCUAGCAAAGAUAAACACAAACACUGUUGUUGGCGCUUCAGUCGAGACCAAAGUUCUGUACCCUGAAAACGGAAGGAACCUGCACUAUUUGACGGCGCUUACCACUUGCGCUACUCUCGACGUGAUGGGACCCCUUACUACAGCGCUGCUGGCAGGGACUGCUUGUACUAUAUAUAGCAAGUCCCCGUUCUCAAAUAUAGCUGGUUUGGUUGACGCACGGUACUCCUCGCUCAAGGAGAUCCCCAACAACUAUCGGAUGAAGGGCGUAACGAUGACGUGGCACUUCAUCGUCCAGAACCUACAUGACCAUUGUUACCAUGAUCUUAAUGGCGAUCCGUCUUGCUUGUUGUAG